AUGGGGAAGACUUGGCCGCCUCUGAAGAAUGACCGACUCCUGCGGGCCGCACGAGCUGGCCGCUAUCUUCCCGAGUACCACCAGGCCAAGGGCAAACGCGACUUCUUCGAAUGCUGCCGGUCCCCUGAGAUCGCCUCGACCCUGACUCUCCAACCGAUCGACCGGUACGACGGCCUCAUCGACGGGGCCAUCAUCUUCUCCGACAUCCUCGUUAUCCCGCAGGCCAUGGGCAUGGAGGUGCUGAUGGUCGACGGUAUCGGGCCCCGGUUCCCCAACCCGCUCCGCAGCCCCUCGGACGCACAGUACCAGGAGAUUGUGAAGAGGGAGGUGGACGUCAAGAAGGAGCUGGACUACGUGUACAAGGCCAUCACAUUGACGCGGGAGAAGUUGGGCGGACGGGUGCCCUUGUUUGGGUUCUGCGGCGCGCCCUGGACGCUCCUGUGCUACAUGGUGGAAGGAGGCGGCACGAAAAUGUUCAAGGAAGCAAAGACGUGGGUCUACAAGUAUCCCGAAGAGAGCAAGGUUCUCCUGCGAAAGAUGGCUGCCAUCUGUGUCGAGUAUCUCGCGUUACAGGUGGCCGCAGGAGCACAGAUUGUGCAAGUUUUCGACUCCUGGGCGGGGGAACUCUCGCCAGUCUCAUUCAAGGAGAUCGCUCUGCCGUCGCUAAGCUAUAUUGCAGAGCAGCUACCCAAGCGGUUACAGGAGAUGGGCGAAGAUGUGGUCCCCAUGGUGGUCUUUGCAAAGGGCGCAUGGUACGCUCUCGACGACCUGUGCGACUUGGGCUAUGAUGUUGUGGGUCUGGAUUGGUUGCAUGACCCCAAGGAGGCCGUGAAGAUCGCGAGAGGGAGGGUGACAUUACAGGGAAACGCGGACCCGGGCGUGCUCUACGGAGGCCGUGAAGCCAUCACGGAAGUGGUCGAGAACAUGGUCGAGGGUUUCGGAGGAGGAAAGGAACGAUGGAUCGCCAACCUGGGACACGGUGUGACUCCGGGCGUCAAUCCCGACGAUCUCAAGUUCUUCUUUGAAGAGAUCCACAGGUGUACUGCAUAA